ACACGGUCGCGUUGGUCAAAACGACGGCAACCCGCCGGCCGCGGAUGAAGACGGGAGCGAAGAGAGAUGGGAAUGUGAAAGUAACACGUCGGCCACUGAAACGGAUGCGUUCGAAAGGAGCAGUGAAGGAUGCCUCGACACAGUGGAGGAGGCAGCACUCCAAACAAUCUGCAAUGGUGACAGCACACCAACCCGAGACGAAGUUUCGCCACGACCGUUCGAAAGCAGCACAAACGAUGAGGCCAUCGAGCAAGCAACAACGUCCCAAGAAAGAGAACGUUGAUUUGAGCAAUUGCAAGUCGAAAACGGCAGCUCUGACCCAAUGCACGAUUGGCUGGCGAGAGCGGUAUUGCAUCAUGCGAAUGAACAAAGGCAAGUGUGAGUCCACACGCAUCAGCAACAAGGACAAGCACUUUAAUUUGUCCACGAACAAAGCUGCCAAAUCCAAGACGUUGCUUGUCGCGAACGUGAAGGUGGCGAAUGUUGUUGUGCAAGCCGUCCCUCCGGGCACGGACCGGUUGGAAUUCUCGCACUUUCAACGCGUUGAAAUGCACGACAUCGUUCUCCCCACCGGGAUUACCACCAUAUCGUUUUCUCGAGGCAUCGUGGGCGCAUAUCCGUCGCCGACCUUUCGCAACAUCACACUGCCGCCGACCGUGAAAGAAGUGUCAUUUCGGUGUGUGAAAAUGGAAUUGUUCAACCCAACGGAAUGGGCCGCCGUGCCCAUGGAGACCAUGGGGCUCCACAACAACAUGCUCGACUCCUUUGUCAACGUCACGUUUCCCCCGUCCGUCCAAUACUUGGACCUGAGCAAAAACAAGCUGACUGCAUUCGUCAACACAACGCUUCCCGUGAACCUUCAGUCGUUACGUCUCAGCAGCAACAAGUUCCACACGCUGGACGCAAUUCCUCUGCACGAUCUACCCCACCUCACCCGACUGUGCGGUCCUUCGCAGCUCUGCCCGCAGGGACGCUCUCACACUCGCAUGUUCUAGCAUCGUAUCGGACAACCCCCUUGGCACGGUCGACGCGAGCACCGUGCUCCCGUCGUCCCUGAUAGAUCUAGACUUGUCCAAAUGCAGCUUGACACGCAUCGAUCGCGCAUUUCGAUACCCUGAACGACUGCGGAAACUCGACCUCUCCGACAACAACAUGACGUCGUUCGUGCCAGACUUGCUCCCGAUCUCGUUGAGCGAACUCAAACUGGCGGGCAACCCCCUCGACGACUUCGUUAUCCGCGAUCGCGCCAUGCUCAAGCAGUUGCGCCAGAUGAAAACGUUGGAUGCGACGACCACCAACGUCAUGUGCAAUUCGACCGCGUAUCGAAAGGUUGUCGUCCAAGGACAGGUCUUUGCGUGCAUGCUGAAGGCCAUGGCGGAAUCGACGACGAUGUUGAACGCCAACGGCAACAUGGCAGGGAAAGAAGACUCCACUCUGUCGACGGUGACGGUCGUGCUCGUCGUGGCAUGUGCGAGUUCGGUUGUCGUGUUGAUCGGAGUCGUUGUCAUGCUGCGCCACCAACAGAACCAACGAUGGCUUUCGCCCAUCGCUGACAAGGAGAAAGGACGCGAGCGACGGUAGAACCGACACCAGAAACACGACGACGGUGUGGUUGGUAUAUAUUACGCGCGCUUGACGACUCUGGCCACGAUGAUCGUGAUGUCGUCUGGCAUGCCGCCCCCCCACAUCUUGUCGUUUUCUUUCGCGAGGCGGGCAAAUGGCGAGUCGAUCGUUCGGUCCAACGAUAAGUCGUAUGCGCGUUUCACGAGCUUCUUCGUCAUCGAUUCCACUACACUCAAUUGAGAUUUUUCACGCGCAA